GUUGCACCGCAACAGAACAGCGUCUGAAUUUGGUGAUGGUGCUCUAGUCCGUGGGCGGAAUUGUGACUAGCAUUUCUGUGCCAACUGGGCGUGGAAUGGGGGUAGGGCAGGCACCACUCAAUCACCCGAAGUGACUAAUCGCGCCUGGCGUUAUAAAAAGGCAACCCGGGAGGGCUGCCAUAUGCGCCCGACUCCCUCGCCUUUUCCGCCUCACUGAUCUUCCCCCUCGGAACAACAACCCCUCCAAUUUGCCCCUAGCCGUUUCUCCACGAUGGCUCAGCUUUGGUCCAAAGACGCGCCGGACAAACCGCGGCCGCCCGACUUCGUGUCACUGGGAAUGGUAGUUUUGGACGAGAUACGUUUCCCAGAGAGGACCUUGACCGAUGUCCCGGGCGGCUCAGGUCUAUAUGCCACACUCGGCGCGCGUCUUGGCGCCAGCUACUCGCCCGCUGGCCCUGGGGCCGUCGGCUACCUUUCACUCGUCGGAAAGGACUUCUCGGAUAGCAUUGAGGAUCAAGUUCAGUCCUGGGAAAUUAUGCUGGAUUUGCAACGGCUGCCGGAUAGCCCAACCACGAGAGGCCUCCUUGAGUACGAGGACAAUGUGUUCGGGCGCAAGAGCUUUCGCUAUCUCACGCCGGUGCUGCAGCCCCUGCCGUCGGGCCUCGCCGCUUCUGCGCAGCACCCGCUCAUCGAGGCCAGAUCCUUCCACUUCCUCGCCCUGCCGCAAGACCUGGAGCGCCACGUGGACUCGCUCCUCUCCCUGCGCCGGGAGCGCGGCAUCCGCGAGCGGCCCCUGGUCGUCUGGGAGCCCGCCCCUCUCGGCUGCAAGAGGAGCAACCUCGACGCCCACCUCCGCGCCUGCCGCCUCGUCGACGUGUUUUCCCCCAACCACCUCGAGCUGGGCUAUCUCGUGCGCGAGCACGGUGACGCCGCCAUGGGCAGCAGCAGCAGCAGCACGUUCUCGCACGAGGCCACUGUCGAGGACGCGGGGCGCUUCCUGGCCGCUACGCGGGGCGGGGCGGCGGGCAUGGUCGUCGUGCGCUGCGGCGAGCACGGGUGCGUCACCAUGAGCCAGGGCGCCGCGGGAGCCUCGGCCGAGUGGCUGCCCCCGUACCACGACGCCGGCUGCUCUGCCGUGGCCGUCGUCGACCCGACUGGCGCCGGCAACGCCUUCCUGGGCGGGUUUGCCCUCGGCCUCCUCGAGACCGGGGACUCGAGGCAGGCGGCAGUUCGCGGUUCCGUCUCGGCCAGCUUUGCCCUUGAGCAAUUUGGCCUUCCAAAACUGGCGCCAGCGACUGCCGACUCUCCCGAGCGAUGGAACGGCGCGGUCUUUCACUCACGCCUGGUCGAGUUUGAGGCCAGGGUUCGCAACGCAAGCGAGGAUUGCAAGACUACCUAAUCAUGAACUUUUCUACGUAAAGUGUUAACGAGAAAAUGCCCCUUCUUUAGAAAGCAGCCCAGGUUAAUCCAUAGAGUCUUAAAAACGCAAAUAGACAAGCACCACCUCUCCUAGGUGGAGGAGGCUCCAGUUUUGGUCCGAUUCUCGUACGCUUCCCAGCCAGCCUUUCGGUACGCCUCGGCGGCAGACACGGCGUCUUCGGACG